ACAUGAGAGUGGUUUAAUUAAUUUUUGAAUUUCAUGUAAUGUUGCAGAAAAUUGAUUCUGUAGUUAAAAAGCAAAAUAUAAUAGUUGUUUAAUUUGAUUAAAAUUUGUUAUUAGAAUCAGAAGUGCCUAAUGUACGGAAAUACUUUAGCAGGUGUUUUUCCAGAGCCAAAGGCGCCACAGAAAAGGAAUUUUGUUAAAGAAAAUGUUAGGCAAAUAAAACGAAUACAAAACGUAAUGCAAAGAAUGUCACAAGAAGGAAAAACUCAGGCUUCAAAAGACAAAUUUCAGACAGUUCCUGCCAAUCAGCGACCAGUUCCAGUUAAAGCAAUAAAACCUAUCCAAAAAAUAUCGGCCAAUUCUUUAGCUCAGAAAAAAACUUCAGAAAAGAACAUUAAGAAAGCAAAAAAACAGAAAAAUCAAAAGAUCAGUACUGAGACACAAUUAAUUGAAGAAAGCGCACCAAGAAGUAAGGAACCAUCGGGCGUUAGUUCAUUUAGGAGAAAUGACAAGUUUGUUACACGUGGUAUACAAACAGAAAAAACAGAUAAUUUAGAAAAAUUUUUGGAAACUGGUGUUAUUAAAUAUGCAAGUGACAAAUUAUCUACCAAACCACCAAAUAAAAAAGUCAGUCCUCCUACCACUAAAAGAUUUGAAAGUGGUGAUGCACCAUUAAAUUCACCAGAAGUGUGUCGCAUUUUUGAAACCAACAAAAGUUUUGGCGACAGUUUAACUGAUAAAAUAAACUCUUUAACAUUUUCUUCAGAUUUAAAUGAGAAACCUCAUGACUUUAUAAAAGAAAAUAUAAUGGCUUUAAGAGAUAAAUCUAAAAAAAAUGAAGCAAAACAUGAUCCCUGUCAACCCCCUGCUGGUUAUCAAAAAGGCCAUCUGCCCAAGUAUUUGAAAGAACGCAGGGAAGAACAGAAAAAAGAAGUUGAAAAAUUAGAUAUUGAUUGUCCUGAAGGUCAUGUUCUUUUGCCUGAUGAAGAAAGAAGAGAAACUUUAAGGGUAUUAAGGCAGAGCUAUGCAGAUCGAAUACAAGAGUUAAAUUCAAUGCCUGUCAGAAAUGAUACUUUACGAAUGAGAAGACGUAAAAUGGAGAUUGAGGAGGAGCUUAAAAAAAUUGACGAAGGCAUUAAAGUUUUCCAGAGACCAAAAGUCUACGUUAAAAUAAAUGCCUGAUAUACAAACGAACUGCUUAAGGUGCUUUUAGAUCUCGUAAAAAAUUGUAAAUGGUAACAUUUUUUCGUAUUUUCUUUUUUUAACAAUUUUAUCAAACACAACAGCAAAUUGUGUAAAAUAAGUAUAUAAUUGACAGGGAUUUGUUCAAACAAUAAUUGUGAUAUAUACAUAACAUAGAGACGUGUGUGUUUCCUACAAUUGCACGUUUAUUGUACAAAUUUAUUGUGAUAUAAAAAUAAUAAUAAAUUCAUUGACUGUCUGAAUUAGAAUGUAGAAUCAACAGCAAAGUAAAAUAAAAACUUUCAGAUUGCUUAAUAA